AUGCAGGAUGCAUCCAUCUUGAUUGUCGGAGCAGGUACCUGGGGUGCUUCGACGGCGCUUCACCUGGCGCGACGGGGAUACACCAACGUCACUGUGCUCGAUGCGUAUCCUCAGCCCUCAGCGAUAUCCGCUGGCAACGACGUGAACAAGAUUGUCUCGUUCAGUGAGUCUUCCUGCUUGCACGACGACCCAGACUACGCCAACCGGACCUUCUUCGCGGCGCUCAGCCACGGCUUCCGCCACGACCCCGUCUUCCAGCCCCAUUUCCACGAGACCGGCGCCAUCACCUCGGCCGUCUCGCCCGAGGCGCUCAAACACAUUCACCGCCGCGACCGGCCUGGCGACGCGGUGAUCGAGCUGAACACCCCGGACGACUUUCGACAAGCCUUUCCCUCAGGAGUCCUCACUGGACCACUGCAGGGGUGGAAGGGGUACUGGAAGCAGCGCGGGGCGGGAUGGGUGCACGCGCGCCACGCACUGCUAGCCGCCAUCACGGAAGCGCAGCGCCUGGGGGUGCGGUUCAUCGGCGGCGAUCCGGAGGGCAAAGUCGUGCGCCUCCUCUUCUCCCCUCCCUCCUCAGCGACGACCCCCUCGGCCCCUCCCGACGUCAUCGGCGUGGAAACCGCCGAUGGAACCCACCACCACGCCGACCGCGUCAUCCUGGCCGCGGGCGCCAACGCGGACCACUUCCUCGACUUCAAGAACCAGCUCCGGCCCACGGCCUGGACCCUCGCGCACAUCCGACUGACCGCCGCCGAAGCAGCGCAAUAUCGCAACCUCCCCGUACUGUUUAAUGCAGACCAGGGGUUCUUCAUGGAGCCGGACGCAGACCGGCACGAGCUGAAGAUCUGCGACGAGCAUCCGGGGUAUUGUAACUGGGUGCGUGAUCCGGUGAGCGGGGAGCGGCGGAGCGUUCCCUUCGCGCGCCACCAGAUUCCGGUGGAGGCGGAGGAACGCAUCCGCGGCCUGCUGCGCGCGACGAUGCCGCAGCUGGCGGAGCGGCCGCUGGCGUUUGCACGGAUCUGCUGGUGCGCGGAUACGGUGGAUCGCAAUUUCUUGAUCGAUGUGCAUCCUGAGUAUAAGUCGUUGGUGCUGGCGGUGGGGGCUUCGGGGAGGGGGUUCGCGCAUAUCCCGUCGAUUGGGGGGUUCGUGGUGGAUCGCAUGGAGGGGCGGUUGGAGGGGAGGCUGGCGGAGGUGGUGCGGUGGAGGGCGGAGGCGGCGGUGGGUAGGGAUUGGGAGGAUACACUAGGGCGGUUUGGGGGGGAGUAUAGGGUGAUGGAUUUUGGGGAGGUCCAGGGGUGGACGAAUAUCGGGGAGAUUUAA